CACACGCACACACACACGACGACGACGACGACGCACGCUUGAUACAAGCACAAAUCGCUCAUCUAGCAAUGGAGAAGGUUGCGUGCUUAGCUCUGGCGCUCGCCAUGGCGGCGGCCGCCGGCGUCGUCGUCACGCCGUGCGCGGCGCAGAACUCGCAGCAGGACUUCGUUGACCUGCACAACGCGGCGCGGUCCGACGUCGGCGUCGGCCCGGUGUCGUGGGACGACAACGUCGCCGCCUUCGCGCGGAGCUACGCGGCGCAGCGCGCCGGCGACUGCGCGCUCCAGCAUUCCAGCGGUAGCGGCUACGGCGAGAACAUCUUCGUGGGCGGCGCCGGCGCCGACUGGUCGGCGUCGGACGCCGUUGGCCUGUGGGUGGCGGAGAAGCAGUGGUACGACCACGGCAGCAACUCCUGCUCGGCGCCGGCGGGCCAGUCGUGCGGCCACUACACGCAGGUGGUCUGGCGUGACUCCACCGCCAUCGGAUGCGCCCGCACCGUCUGCAACAACGGUGGCGUCUUCAUCACCUGCAACUACAACCCGCCGGGCAACUUCGUCGGACAGAGCCCGUACUAGAAUCUGGAUCGUCGGAGUCGCGCACUGCAUGCCUAGUUCCAAAUUUCAAUUCAUCGUACGCGUACAUGCAUAUGCAGGUGCAUUGUGACAUGAUAUUAAAUUAAAUUAAAUAAAUAAAUGAAUGUCAUAAGCAAUAAAUAAAUAAUGUGAUUUCACAGUUUGAUUCA